AAUAAAUUCAACGGAUUCGAGUCAGUCCUUGAGAAUAUUAUUAAUAAUUAUUUUUUAAAUAAAAAAUGGAGAGUUUAUUUCAACCAAUUAUAGACAGAUAUUCAAAAUAUGUAAUAGAAAAACAAACAAGCCCAAGUUAUGUGGAAAUGUAUACGCAAGAAAUUAAAGAAAUCACCAUAGUGUACGCCAAAGCAAAACAACCGAACACAACAUCGGGUCCUACUAAAAAUAAUAAUGAAAAAGAGGAAUUAGACUUAACAGGAUCUCCACUGAAGUUAGACUUGAGUUUGCAUACUAUACUCGAUGAUACUAUGUUAUCUGAUGAACCUCAGUUGUGGAGAAAGGAAGAGGUGUUACAUGCGCCUAUAGAGAUGGAUCAAGCAAGAGACAUACUCAACCUUUACAGCCAAAGUUGUAGUGCAGUACCUAAAGAAGAUUCAAUACCUAUGUGGAUACUUUGCAAACCGGCUGAAGCUAAAACAGUACUUAUUAAUAGCCAGUCAAAUGUAGAGGAAUUUGCUAGAGGCAUUGUUACUUAUGUAGGCUCAAUGUUACUAGAAGAAGUAGAUGUUGACAAUUUAGUUCAAGAGUUCGCAUCACAAGAGCAAGUUAGUGAAAAUUUGAUUACAGUAUCUGUAGACUGCAAGUACACAAUAUCAGGUAUAUCAUACAGCUCUCUCACAAUGGAGGAACAACUGAAUGCACCACAUGGCGGUGUUACUGAGCUUUAUUGUGAAUGGAGUGCUAAGACUCUUCUGAUACCCUUUAUUAGCUGUAAAGUCCAAUUUGAACAAGAAGUGGCUAUAGGUCACUUGGCAAGCCCGUGCAAUGCUAUAUGGAAGUCAGUCACUGCAUUACACAACAUCAAUCAACUUCUAGUAGACAUGACUGCAGCUGGACUCAACUCCGUUAACUUAGAAACUGCUGUUAUAAGAAACAUCUUCCAAGGAAUGAAACGUCUAAACAACACAAAACGUCUCAACAACUUGCUGAAUGAAACGGAAACAUACACUUAUACUGCGGAGUGCCCCGCAGGUGGUUGUGUUUGUAUCACAGAAGACACAAGUAGCUUACGACAGUGCAUGUCCAAUAUGACCACCCAGGGCUCAAGCAACGACUUUACUUACAAAUUAUGGGAUAUUUUAAGAGACUGUGAAACAGCAGAGGAGCUCAUAUCAUUAUUAAUGCAGGCUCUUAAAUUUAUAUCUUCGGGGAAAAUACGACCUUUUAUUGAUGUUAACAACAAAAGCUACCUGUCGAAAUUAGUAUUAAAACUGUCUCGAGGCCACUCCCAAACUGCCAAAGUUCUUAAAAACCUUCGUUCAAGUCCACCGCAAACGCUAUCCCUCGUAGCACAGGUUGGCAUAGAGAAAACUAUGUGGGAGUACACAAGAGUGAUGUCUCUUUUGGAACAUUCUUUCUUUAUAGCCGGGAUCUGGAAUGCAGAUGCAAGGUCCCACGAAUCCAUAGAGCAGAUAAACCAAACUAUACAAGACAUGACAAUGGGCGGAGAUUUUACUUUAAAUCCAUUUGAAAACAUCGCCACAUCGGAAAAUUCGAUACGCAUCGACGCCGAAUCAUUUUGUAUAGAAGACCCGAACGAAUUGACUGUUGAUGACUUUGCGUCUCUGAAGAAACACGGAUUAGUGAGCGAAAAGAAAGAUGCUAAUGAGGUACCAUUAAUAGCAGAUGAAAUAGACAUAAGCCCUUGGAAGAAUUUGCUGAUGAAGUUUGCUCAAGUCCACGUUUGCUUAGAGCAUCUAUACCGCGCAGAAAUGUGCUUGAGAGCUGAUUUCGCUCAACUGAAGCCGAUGGCAUCGAAACUUCUAGAAUACUACGUAUCAGAGAAGUCUCCCAUCAAAACAGUAGGACAACUAAUGAGCGAACCAGUUCAAAAGAUUUGCAUACCGAUCGCAAACAAUGUCGUUCAGGAUCAUUUAAAAAAACCGGCGUUUUGGUACCGAAUGCAGCUGAAGAAAAAGGCAAACUGCUCAGAAGGUCUCCGUAGAGAUUGCCGAAUGAUCUACGUUUACUCUCAGCAACCCGUUUUCCCACCACAAGUUUGGCAGCAUAUAGAUCCUCCCACUGAAGACGUUGCCGAGGUGACAACUGUUGAGGAGUUGCGAUAUAUUUGCACUAAAUAUGUUCAUCUCAGGAACCCAUUGUCGAGGAAAAUGGACUUCUUGAACAGUAACUAAAUCACCAGUUUACUGUUUACCUUUGUUUUCAUGGAAAUCUUCUAACCUAAAGCUAAAAUCGACUUCGUAACCUUAAUGUAUAAUCCACCUUAUGUAAAUCUAUUAAGUGUUACAAAUUUUCAUUUUGAUUUUACCAACUUUCCGCCAAGAGCGCUGAGUGAAGCAGUAUACACGAAUUAAGGCUUUUAAACAAAGCAGAAAAGUUCCAUUUUACUUUAAUGUCUCAGUGUUUUUCCUGAACUGCAAAAAAAAUUUAAACCAGGACUUUAUAUUUAUAAUAAUAACAGGCAAAUCAGUGUGUUUUAUUCAAUUCUUUCAAUUUUUUUGAGUAUGAUUGUAUUUAGGAUGUUUUAAAGUCUACAGGAUGAAAUUUGUACUGAUGUUUAGUUUUAAGUAAAAUUGUGAUACUAUUGUAUAUUUUAU